AUGAAUAGCCAGCAACCGUCCAUCCAGUUCACUCUGGAGACUGAGCAAGGAGGGAAAUUAGCAUUCCUUGACACGCUAGUCCAAAGACAUGAGGGCGGGAAACUCUCCACCUCUGUCUACCGCAAGCCCACUCAUACAGACCAAUACAUUCCAUAUGAUUCUCAUCAUGACAAAUCAGUCAAGAAGGGUCUUGUUAAAUGCCUGUUCGACAGAGCAGCACGUCUUAUAACUCACCCACCUGAACUCCCGAAAGAAAGAGCACACAUACGUGGCGCCUUAUACAGCAACGGCUACCCACGCCGUUUUAUCGAGAACACUUUCAAGAACAAACAACCGCCAAGGGAUCAGAAGGUUUUCAAGACUUGCACAGUCUUGCCAUACAUAGAUGGUCUUUCACCACAACUCAAACGCCGAUUAGAAGGUCACGGUAUCCGAACGGUUUUCCGCUCGGACACCACCCUACACAAACAGCUUGUGCACCCCAAAGACCCCAUCCCUGAUCACAGACGUGAUGGCGUAGUAUACAAUAUUCCUUGCCAGGGAUGUGACGGGUCUUACAUCGGUGAAACAGCCCGACCGAUAAUUGAACGCAUUUCUGAACACAAGCCCGAUGUUCGGUUACAGCGAACCGACACAUCCGCGGUGGCAGAACAUGCUUGGGAGAAGCAACACCACCCAGAUUGGAAGGGUGUACAUUGCGUUGCCAAAGAAAGACAUUGGUAUACACGCAGGAUUAAGGAGGCUAUUAGUAUACGUCUUUGUCCUAACAACUUCAACAGAGACAGCGGGAUUGACAUCCCCAAUUUCUGGAUGCGAACCAUCCAACAGCACAAUACCCCCUUACCUGGCAGUGCACGCCGACCCGACCGAUCCCGGCCCCGAGCGAGGGACCGCUCAGCUAGUCAACCCCCACCCACGGGAAACUAG